AUGUCUGACAACGCAUCAUCGUCAGAGACCGGUUUUACAUGCUCCCGCUGUAACAAGACGUACAAGCGGCGAGAACACCUCCAGCGCCACGCUGCAUCCCACAGUAGCCUCCGACCUCACAGAUGUAGCUUUUGUGGCCAAUCAUAUCAACGGGCUGAUGUUCUCAAGCGACAUGCUCUAGCUUGUCAGACCAAAGUCAGGGCCGGGGAGGUAUCGUCAAGUAGCCGAAGAGCAUGCGACCUCUGUGUUCAGCAGAAGAAGGCCUGUAGCACUGGUCAGCCAUGCGAACAUUGCCGUCGGAAGUCGGCCCAAUGCAUUUACUCCUUCAGUAAUGGCCUAGCAACAGAAAGCAACUUGCCUGUAGGCCAUGAUGACAAGCAAUAUGCUGAAGAAGCCAGCCUACCGACGGUGGUAUUUGGAGAUGACGCGCUAUUCGAUUAUCUUGGCAACUGUACUUCAGUGACUGAUAUGCUCCAAGGAUCAGAUAGCAAUCAAGACUGGUUGGACUUUAUUAACCUCGCCGCUGGUCAUUUUCAGAUAAUGCCCACCAGUCCCCAAACGCACCUAGACAACUACACCUUUCACUUUCUCGACAACUUCACAAGAAAGUCUGGGCUGGUGGACUCAUUCGACUGCGGAACAUUUGAACAGCGAAUGGAAGUUGAAGCAAUUCACCGAUCAGGGGAGGGUUAUGUUAUACAAACCACUGAACCAGACGAGGUUGUACACCUCAAUAGCUCAUCGAUGGAUCAUCCCCACAUGCAACCAUUAGAUCUCCAGGACCCUCUCAUCAUCCAAACUCACCAAAUACUUCUAGAUAUCAAACAAGUCGUUACCGUCAAACCUCGAAACAGUGUCGUUGAGCUGGAAUGGUCGACUGUUCUAGAACAAACCUGCAUCCGAUUCUUUUCUCCGCAUAACUUACGGAAAUAUCUUGCACUGUUCUGGCAUAUAUGGCACCCAAACGUCAACUUUGUGCACCGCCCUACUUUUGACCCGGCGACCUCGAAGUCGAUCCUUGUAGCCUGCAUGGCAUUGAUAGGUGCAAGCGUAUCGCCAAGCAAGACUGAUAAUGAACAAGCCAAGAUCUGGUUCAAUUGUGUCGAGGAAAUUGUCUUUACGGAUGACGACUUUUGCAAUGAUCCUCUAAAUAACCAGGACACCCCGUUGCUGAACCCGGUUCAAAAUAUCUCGAAGAUCCAAGCUCUGCAGGCAGCAUAUAUGGUCUGCCUCUACCAGGGCUGGGAGGGAACAGAAGCUAACAAACGACGGAUCCGUCGAUACCGGUUCAGUACUGUAAUAUCUAUGGCAAGAGACUUCGGUAUUAUGUCUGCUAGGCACCCAGAUUACUCCAUGUGCCUAUAUGGCAGAUUUGAUUGGAGAGACUUUGCUGCACGAGAGCAACUUAUUCGCAUAUUUCUUUGGAUAUAUCUUCUCGAUCAUGCAUUUGUAAUCUUCAAUAAUCUACCCCCCAGGAUGGUUAUUAAAGAAAUGAGCAUGCACAUGGCAUUUCCUGAAGCAGCAUUCCAAGCCGGCACAUCAACAGAAUGCGCUCGAGAACUACAAAACUGGCACUUGAGAUCCACAUUGAUGAAAAACAUAACAUUUCGUGAGGUUGUCGAGAGAUUCUGUGGAAAGCCUUUCUCGAAUGACAUGCGACGACUGUUUGCUGACCUUGGCCCCCUCAACCUCUUCGCGGUUGUAUCAGCCUUCCAUGCACUGAUAUUCCAGCACCAAAAUUCCUUUGGUGGCCAUGAUCAACUGCAGGCAGUUCGCAACGCUCUCGACAAUUGGAAAUCAGCUUGGGAAACGUACUCAGAUGAAUUCUCAUUCUCACCGCCGCAUGUCAUGGUGGACAGACAAAACGUGGCAACGGAGAAUCUCUGGAGGAGAGUAGGCUUCAUGCGUCAUUCUCCAGAAUAUUGGCUCCUGGGGAAACUGCUCGUCGAUCGCCUUUCAACGUCAAGUGAUUCAUUGGGUAGCCCUGAGUCUACGGUGCCUGAUGUGAGCGGCUCAGCACACGAACCGAUUCUUACGAGAUAUGAUCAGACGAGUAUGCUUCAAGUGAAUGACUUGAUCACAGGGUUCCAGAAUGUACAUAUUCACUAG